AUGGAUGAGCCGUGGAAUCGACCCGAUAUCAAGAGGAAGCGCGAGCAGCGCUUGAAUAAGAUUAUGGGUAAGUUGAGCCGCUCCCAGCCGCCCAAGCGGCAAAAGCAGAUAAUACCAGGCGCGACGACGGACGAAAAGGGCAUGACAAUGGAGCGGCUGCGGCAAAAGUACCCAGGGAGGAACGCGUUGGGCAUGUACAUCGAGGAGCCGGAGGCGUUCCCGCCUUUCUGGAACGUCAUCUACUACAACGACGACUUUGUCGCCAUCAGGGAUCUUUACCCAAAGUCGUCGGUGCACCUGCUGCUCCUGCCCCGGUCCGAGGCGUUCAGCAAGAUGCACCCGCUCAAGGCGCUCAGCUCGGACGCCGGGUUCCUGGCAAAGGUGCGCGAGGAGGCCGUCACCCUCAAGCGCAUCGUGGCCAGCGAGCUGCGGCGCAUGUACGGCGAGGAGAGCGCCUCGGAAGUCGAGCGCACAAAGGCGCUGCUUGACCCCGAUAGCGUCGAUGAGCUGCCCAAGGGGAGGGAUUGGGAGGAGGGCAUCAAGGUCGGCGUGCACGCCACCCCGAGCAUGAACCACUUGCAUAUCCACUUCAUGUCUCCUGACAAUGUGGGACGCAGCAUGAAGACGGCGCACCACUACUUGUCGUUCAACACCGGGUUCCUGGUCAGGCUGGAAGAGUUCCCCCUGGCGGAGACGGACCCGCGGUGGAAGGGCGGCCAAGAAUUCUUCAGUUCGCAGCUGACAUGUUGGAGGUGUCAAGAGCCCUUUCAGUCGGCCAAGGCCUUCAGUAAACUCAAAUCACACCUCGUGCAGGAGUUUGAGGAAUGGAAAAAGGAGUGA